CCGGUGGCAGGAACCGGCACCCACAGACCGCGCGGUGCCCGGCCCCGGGUUCCCUUUCCUGCUGCCCCGGGCUGCGGCAGGAGCCCGCUCCCGAUGCCGGGCAUGGCCGCGGCCGGGCCCGACCUGUACGAGCGGCUGCAGAUCCAGUACCCGCCCAGCCCCGCUCGAGGUCCCGGCUCCGCUCCGGCCGCGCCCCGCUGCGCGCUCAGCACCGCGCUGGCGGCGGGCACGGGCGCGGUGCUGGUGCUGGUGCUGGGGGCAGCGCUGGCCGCGGUCAUCACCCUGCACACGCAGGGCCAGGCAGAGCUGCGGGCAGCACGGGCAGAGCUCGCAGCACUCGGGACCCAUCUACUGCCUGACCCCGAUGAUACCCGGAGCUCCGGUGAGAGCCCGGCAGCGGCGCAGAAGCGGAAGGAGCAACUCGGCGGGUGGCUGCAGUCGCUGGCGCUGGGCUGGCGCCACCGCCGCGGGCACAUCUACUUCUUCUCGGCGGACCGGAAGCCCUGGCGCGAUGCCGAGGCCGCCUGCCGCGCCGUGCACGCGCACCUCGCCUCCGUCACCGGCCCCGAGGAGCAGGACUACCUGGCGCGGGAGGCGAGGGGAGGAUCCUACUGGAUCGGGCUGACGGCCACGGGCCCGGGCAGCUCCUGGCACUGGGUGGACGGGACUGCCUACAGGCAGGAGCAGAGCUUCUGGGCGCCGGGGCAGCCGGACAGCACCGACCACGGGCAGUGGGGCCGGGAGAGCUGCGCCCAGAUCCACCACGUGGGCAACGGGCUCUGGAACGACCACAACUGCAACUUCACCUUCCCCUGGGUCUGCAAGCGGGACCUGAGCGCGCCCUGAGGCCAGGCGGCCAGCACCGCCCCCCCCGCGCCGGGCUGGUGUGCCCCAUGGCACCCCCAGAGCCCCUGCGCCCCCCCCCAAAGCCAGGCAGCUCCCGCUGCUGCGCUCUGAUUAAACUGCUCCCACUGCACCUCC